GCUUGUGAAGAUGCCUUGCACUAAGGUGAGCUGCCUCAGCUGCAGGCGCUGGGGAUGCUUGGCGCUGAUUGGUUGGCGCUUACGGUCAAUGGCACGCGACUAUGGAUGUAGUUAUAAGAGUCCUCGCGUGCCGCCUUUCAAACUGAACCAACUCUUGAGCAACAAGAGGAAAGAUCGAAGAGUCGGCGAUUGUUGUUACUGGGCAACACCAACACAGCACAAAAAAUGGACAUUGUGUUGGAUCCAUUCACAGGCUUAGAUUCCUUCUCCUCCCCUUAUUUUGACGACGACGACUUCUUCACGGACCAGUCGUCGAGAGACCACUUGGACACAGACGAAUUUCUAGACGACGAUGUCGAUUUUCUCACAAAUCAAAUUCAAGAGUGUUACAAGGACAGUCGGAUAUCCCAUGACGGGGAUUAUUGUGAUGUUGGCAACUUCUCUUUUUCCUCCUCCUCCUCGAAUUUCUCGUAUGGAUGCGCUGACAGCACGUCGGAGCUGUCCCCUCACAGAGGAGACGGUCCCUUACUGAAGAGGCGGAGGCGCAUGAGAUCCGAGAUGGAGAUGCAACAGUUGCGUCAAGCUGCCAACGUCCGGGAAAGACGGAGGAUGCAAUCCAUUAACGACGCUUUCGAGGGAUUGAGGACUCACAUCCCUACUUUACCAUACGAGAAGAGACUUUCAAAAGUUGACACAUUACGGCUUGCUAUCGGCUAUAUCAAUUUCCUCGCAGAACUUGUACAGUCCGACAUGCCAAUUCGGAAUCCAAACAGUGACACUUUAAACCAACCCAAAAAAGUCAUCAUUUGCCACAGAGGAACAAGAUCCCCAUCUCCAAAUGAUCCUGACUACGGGUUGCCUCCUCUCGCCGGUCACUCUCUUUCAUGGACUGAUGAGAAGCAGUUAAAAGAUCAGAACAUCAUUAGAACAGCGAAAGUUUGGACACCAGAGGACCCACGAAAGUUGCACUUGAAAUCAUCCAUAAACAACAUAGAGAAUGAACCCCCUUGUAAUGUGAUCUCUUAGAGCAUUGACAUUAUUGUGCUACAAUAGCAUAUUUGUGUAUACACGUUGUGUACAACUGAUUUGUAUGGACAUAUGCCAUAAUGUUUAUGUUGUUUCUUUGUAAUAUAUUUCUGUGACUGUACUUCAGCUCUUCAGUGAGAAAUUGAACAUAAAGCCAUUGGCAAUCAUAUUGUGUCGAAUAUAUUUAAUUGUUUUAAUUAUGCUGUAAUAUAUUUUUUGUAAUUUAACAUUUUUUGUCAAACAAAACAUAUUUUUUAUACAAACCAAACCUGUAAAAUCGUCUAUAUUUAUAUU